CAACGUUAGACAGAAACAACGUCACCGUUGCUCGGGAAUCGGGAUGUCGAAGAGGCAGAGGCUCGCUUCCUUGGAAGUUGGAUGCACGCCAGGGUCCCGGCUCCGCCGGACGAGCUCCGCUGGAGUAUGAUAUCCAGAACACCAUCGCUGUAACAGCUUUGAUUUGAAACCCUCCUGGAUUCGCCUUAACUCUCUCUUUCCUUGAUCUCUCUGUCAACCGUCGAUCUUAUACUCGACCAAUGCUGUUGCACGACACUCACUCCGAGAUACUUUCUUAAGAAGGGUGUGUUCCGUCCAAGUGGCACAUAUGUAAGAUUGUGACUCUUCAGAUGAUGACUAUGCCAAUGACGUAUUCCCAACAGCCCAUGUCUCCUUCGUGUUGGUAGUCUUUCUUUAAAACCGACUUCGGCUUUCCAGCUUUCUACACUUUCUCGACCUCGUUUAGAUCGUUGCUUCAAACUCAACAUAUAUUUAUACAAUACCAAACUCUUCGACUCGAGGGUGUUGUCGAUGGUUAACAACUUCACAUCCUUGCUAUCCUUGAGAGUUACAUCGAGACACACUCCCAUACGCUGUACAUAAAUAAAUAAGCUGACCUUCAAAAACUCAGCCGCCCGCACAUGCUCUCGGUAGCUUAGACAAAUAACUAUUACUAUUUUGCUUCACCCAAUUCAUCUUGUUUUGCUUUCGACCUCGCAACUCUCUCUGCACAAGCACCAUAUUCUCCUCUCUUUCAAGCCCAGCAAAAUACAAUCUCCCUCGCUUUGUUUACGUCAAGAUUUUCAGUUCUUCUAUCACCCUUCAACCCGAGCUGCAAGAAGUAUGUCCGCUGGAAUCGUCUGCCCGGCUGCAGUAUCAAUUCGAACCAAUGAAGCUCUAAGGGAAAAUUUCAAUUAUCACGAUUCUCUUGGUUCUCCUAAGUUUAAACGGAACGAAUCGCAUAUGGAGAAGAAAGCUAUUAUUGUCCGACGACCCUUCAAGUAUGUUAAACACCAAGGGCCCCGUCCGGUUGGUGCUGCUUCCAUUUCGACGUUCAAGUUUCACGAUGCCAGGUGUGAUGCCAAGGGAUUGGACAGCGUUCGAGCGCUUUCAAUAAGACGUGCCCCGAAUGCGGCCUCUCACGAGCGAUCUUCCGCCCACGGCUCGAAGUUUGGAAGACAACAGACUGGUGUCGAUGAUUCGGCACACGGCAGCCGGAAAAACGAACGUCCCUAUGAACCGCCGGUCUCGCGUCUACUCAGCUCACGGAAGCUGAACCUUUCGGCCCUGGACAUUUCGGCUUGCCAGAAGAAGAAGACCCCUCAGGUAGAAGUCUUCCGGGAUGAGCUCACCAAUCUGCCGUUUCACACCGACUCGAACCUGGCCCAGUCGCCAGGGACGGCUCGUCUCUGGGAGUGGUUUUCCCAAGGUCGAACCUCCUGCUUCUCUGACUGGUCCAACUCCGCCCCCGCCUCUAGUCGACGCUCUCUCACCAUCUGCGAAACGCCCACACAGCUCUACCUCCCUAAGUCAUCCAAAGAAAUCGCCCAAAAGAAAAGGAUUUCAAGCGACCCUCGACUCCCCCUCUCCCUCACAUGUGAUUCAAAGGCUUUCCACAACACUCGAAGUAGAAGUGAUUUCGGGCUCACAACUUACAGCUAACUCUGGAGGAGAUUGCCGCACCCAUGAUCCCCUACCUGAUAACUUCCCCGCAAUUUCCAUCUCUCGAUCUGCAAAAGAUUCCCCAUUUGUGUUAUGUUGACUGGCAGGAUAAACACGUCGUUUAUUUUAUCCUCUUUCCACUAAGAGUACUCUUGGUGUACAUUUAGUCUUUCUAUUUGUUUUUGCUUUGCUUUGCUUUUAAUCUAUAAUGUUUUGGAAUAUGUGAUCAAUUGUUUUUGAGGAUAAAUUCUUCUCACUUUCUUUUUCCUAUAUUCAUCAAAUUCUCCAGGGAAUAUAGCUGCAUACACAAAGGAGUGGUUCUUGAACUUGCCUCUUGGGGCUCACUCUGGUGGGACAGUUUCCCAUCUAACACCAGCUAGGGUGUAGAAAGAACUUGUAGCACACAAUCCAUGUAAUCAAUGUUAUAUUCUUUUGGUC